AUGGACACACAAGCAGGAAUAUCUCAGAAGGACAUCUAAUGUUAUCCCUGGAUUGUGACAUAAAAGAUAAUGACAGUAGACAGGAUUCUCCAGGAGAUAACCCCAUUACCCCAAUUAUACAUCCAGCUCUAUCAGCUGGUCCCUCUGAUCCUGGGAAAUGUUCUCCUGAUCACUCUGAUAUUGGUGCAUCUGUUACAGCUCUGACAGUAGAUACAGUGUUUCCCUGUUCUAUAGAUGCCAACUAUUUUACACAGAACACAAAGCUUAUAACCCAGCAGCCAGUUAAAGCAGGCGAGAGGCCAUUUCCAUGUUCUGAGUGUGGGAAAUGUUUUACAUACAAAUCAGCUUUUGUUACACAUCAGAGAUAUCACACAGGUGAGAAACCAUUUCCAUGUUCUGAGUGUGGGAAAUGUUUUGCACGGAAAUCAAAUCUUGUUAAACAUCAGAGUAGUCACACAGGUGAGAGGCCAUUUUCUUGCUCUGAGUGCGAGAAAUGUUUUACACGGAAAUCAAAUCUUGUUAAACAUCAGAGUAGUCACACAGGUGAGAGACCAUUUCCAUGUUCUGAGUGUGGGCAAUGUUUUGCACAGAAAUCACAUCUUGUUACACAUCAGAGAAGCCACACAGGUGAGAAGCCUUUUCCAUGUUCUGAGUGUGGAAAAUGUUUUGCACAGAAAUCAAAUCUUGUUACACAUCAGAGAAGUCACACAGGUGAGAAGCGAUUUUCUUGCUCUGAGUGUGGGAAAUGUUUUGGACGCAAAUCAGAUCUUGUUACACAUCAGAGAAGUCACACAGAUAAGAAUCCAUUUCUAUGUUCUGAGUGUGGGGAAUGUUUUGCACACAAAUCAGAUCUUGUUAUACAUCAGAGAAGUCACAGAGGUGAGAAUCCAUAUCUAUGUUCUGAGUGUGGGAAAUGUUUUGCACACAAAUCACAUCUUGUUACACAUCAGAGAAGUCACACAGGUGAGAAGCCAUUUUAUUGCUCUGAGUGUGGGAAAUGUUUUACCCAGAAAUCAUGUCUUGUUAUACAUCAGAGAAGUCACACAGGUGAGAAGCCAUUUCCAUGUUCUGAGUGUGGGAAAUGUUUUGCACACAAAUCAGAUCUUGUUAUUCAUCACAGAAGUCACACAGGUGAGAAGCCAUUUUCUUGCUCUGAGUGCGGGAAAUGUUUUGCACAGAAAUCACAUCUUGUUACACAUCAGAGAAGUCACACAGGUGAGAAGCCAUUUUAUUGCUCUGAGUGUGGGAAAUGUUUUACCCAGAAAUCAAGUCUUGUUACACAUCAGAGAAGUCACACAGGUGAGAAGCCAUUUUAUUGCUCUGUGUGUGGGAAAUGUUUUACCCAGAAAUCAAGUCUUAUUAUACAUCAGAGAAGUCACACAGGGGAGAGGCCAUUUCCAUGUUCUGAGUGUGGGAAAUGUUUUACAUACAAAUCAGGUCUUGUCACACAUCAGAGAAGGCACACAGGUGAGAGGCCAUUUUCCUGCGCUGAUUGCGGGAAAUGUUUUAUCUGGAAAUCAGAACUUGUUACACAUCAGCAAAGUCACACAGGUGAGAAUCCAUUUCCAUGUUCUGAGUGUGGGAGAUGUUUUACAUACAAAUCACGUCUUGUAAAACAUAAGAGAAUACAUACCGGUGAGAAACCAUAUUCCUGUUUUGAGUGUGGGAAAUGUUUUACAUACAAAACAACUCUUGAUGCACAUAAGAGAAGUCACACAGGUACAUCACCAUUUCAAUGUCCUGAGUGUGGGAAAUAUUUUGCACAGAAAUCACAACUUGCUAGACAUCAGAGAAGUCACACAGGUGAGAGGCCAUUUCCAUGUUCUGACUGUGGAAAAUGUUUUGCACGGAAAUCACACCUUGUUACACAUCAGCAACGUCACACAGGUGAGAAGCCAUUUCCAUGUCCUGAGUGUGGGAAAUGGUUUGCACAGAAAUCAGAUCUUGUUAAACAUCAGAUAAAUCACACAGACGAGAAGCCAUUUCCAUGUCCUGAGUGUGGGAAAUGUUUUACACGGAAAUCAGAUCUUGUUAUACAUAACAGAAGUCAUACAGGGGAGAAUCCAAUUUCUUGCUCUGAGUGUGGCAAAUUGUUUGCACGGAAAUCAGAUCUUGUUAAACAUCAGAGAAGUCACACAGGUGAGAAGCCAUUUCCAUGUUCUGAGUGUGGGAAAUGUUUUGCAUACAAAUCAGAUCUUGUUAUUCAUCAGAGAAGUCACACAGGUGAGAAUCCAUUUCCAUGUUCUGAGUGUGGGAAAGGUUUUGCACACAAAUCAGCUCUUGUUAAACAUCAGAGAAGUCACACAGGUGAGAAGCCAUUUCCAUGUUCUGAGUGUGGGAAAUGUUUUGCACACAAAUCAAAUCUUGUUAAACAUCAGAGAAGUCACACAGGUGAGAAGCCAUUUUCUUGCUCUGAGUGCGCAAAAUGUUAUACUCAGAAAACACAACUUGUUAUACAUCAGAGAAGUCACACAGGUGAGAGGCCAUUUUUUUGCUCUGAGUGUGGGAAAUGUUUUAUCCUGAAAUCACAACUUGUUACACAUCAGAGAAGUCACACAGGUGAGAAGCCAUUUCCAUGUUCUGAGUGUGGAAAAUGUUUUGCACACAAAUCAGAUCUUGUUAGUCAUAACAGAAGUCACACAGGGGAGAAUCCAAUUUCUUGCUCUGAGUGUGGGAAAUGUUUUACACGGAAAUCAGAUCUUGUUAAACAUCAGAGAAGUCACACAGGUGAGAAGCCAUUUCCAUGUUCUGAGUGUGAGAAAUGUUUUGCACUCAAAUCAACUCUUGUUAAACAUCAGAGAAGUCACACAGGUGAGAAGCCAUUUUCUUGCACCGAGUGUGGGAAAUGUUUUUCACAGAAAUCACAACUUGGUACACAUCAGAGAAGUCACACAGGUGAGAAUCCAUUUUAAUCUGGAGUAUACUUAUCAUUACCAUGCGUUCUUCAAGAUUCUUAUCUUAUCUCCUAUGCUUUUUGCAAUAUACAUGCUACCGCAGGGUGAAAUAAUCAGGUGUCAUGCCCUCAUCUACCACUGCUAUGCAGGUGAUCUGUCUCUUGCUCUAGGUACUGAGAACCAAGUACCAAUCCUAAAUGGUUUCUAGUUGAGCUCUAGGUGUGGGUGAUGCCAGUUGGCUGUGACUCAGUCCUGGUGAAUCAUGUCCUUAUGAUAGAAGUUCAACAACAAAGGGCAGGGCUACAGCUCAGCUUUGCAAACCAACCAGACUUAUGCUUGGGGGUUCAGAGUUGCAAAAUGCUGAUCCUGUGCAGAAUCUUGGUGUC